AUGGCCAAUAAUGGGAUCCCCGAUUCUCAAUUCCUGGCGCCGCCCGCCGUGACAGCCUUGCGGCAAGAGGCUCGAAAUGUCACUCCAGUCAUGAGACGGUCUUUCAGUGAAGAUAUGCGCGAGGAGAGGGAAGACUUGAAGGAGGCCGCUGAACAGACCUUGAACAUCAUCGUCGAUCUCGACCUGGAGGGCCGCAUCAAGUGGGUGAGCCCAUCAUGGAGACAGGUCAUCGGAUCGGCCCCGGAAACGGUGGAAGGACAGAUGAUUUCUGACAUGCUCGUUGGCAAUCAAAACGUGUUCCGGGACGCCGUUGAGGCUAUGAAGGUGGAUGAUUCCCGGAGUCGGUUCAUCCGAUUCACCAUGCAGAUGGGCCCCGAGUCGGUGCUCAAAUUUGCGCCCGAACCACGCCCGCGAACCGCACAGAGUGAAGCGAAGCAGGACAUCACGAUGGUUGACUCGCACGCCCAAUCCUCGCCGGCCGAAGGGUUGCAGACUCAGGAUGUCAUCACCAUGGAGGGUCAGGGUAUUAUGGUAGGGGAAGGCGUUGGGAGGGCGAGGAGUCCACCCGGUUCGUCAUUUCUGGUGAUCAUCGCUAACAACAGCGCCUCUUCUUCACAGUCCAUGUGGAUGCUCCGACCGCUCACGCAACCGCGAGAAGUGACCAUUGACCUACCACCUCAGCUUGUUGAAUCGCUGGGGGUGGGUGCCGAGGUUCUCGCGAAUUACCUGACCGAACUGGCAGAAGCUGCUGCCAACGAGCCGGACCCCUCAAAGCACCCUGCGCCGACCCCGGUUCUGUGUCGUAUCUGUGAACGUCAGAUCACCCCCUGGUGGUUUGAGAAACAUUCAGACCUUUGCUUGCAGGAACAUCGAGCAGAGAUGGAAGUCCAAAUCUCCCAGGAAAACCUCAAUGAACACCGCCACGCCAUCGUGAGAGUGCUGGACGCAUUGGAGGCUCGUCAAGGGAGACCGUUGAUCGGCAGCGACGGCAAUAUCCUGCCACUGGUUCAGCCGGAGUACAAAGGCCUGCCCAUUGGACCGUCGCCGACCAGCUCGAGCCCCUCUUCGGCACCCACAUCGGGGGUCAGCUCGGCCCCGGGGACCCCCCCACGCUCCCGCGAUCACUCAGUCUCCGGCAUGAGCACGCCGGGCCGUCCAAGAGCAUUCACCGUGCGACGUCCUCUAGCCCGAAUCGUCGAGCUGAUUCUCGAUCUGUGCGAUACUGCACUGGAGAUCAGCAUGCCGGUCAUCAAGGAGACUCCGCGCCCGGAGAAUGGAGAAGAAUUUAGGACCCUAUCACCGCAAUCUGAAUUCCGAAUCGCGCAGGUGCUGCAGUGGUCAUCCCCCAGUUCUAAUACGCUGGAGCAGGAGCAAGGUCUGGCGGCCCUGGCUGGAGACACGGAAGAGAUUGCCAAGGCCAAGGUAGAUGCUGUCGUGCGCCAUCGCCAAAUUGUCGAAUACGCCGAGCGAAUUCGAAUCGAAUACACCGUGCUGGUGGAGGAGUGCAUUACUGCGGCACUGAGCAAGGCUGAACGCAUCGCAGCCGGCCAGCUGAGCGACUCCACAUGCUCCUCGGACGACGAGAUCUUUCAGGAUGCUGCAUUUGCCAGUGAUGCGGACGGGAGUACAGUUGACGACAGGGGUGACCCAGUUUGUGCCCCGAGUCAAGAAUCCGUGCCCUCAUCCUCAUUGCCCGCAGCGCCAAUCCCCCGCAAGCCCACGACGUCGGCCCUGACGAUGUCCAUGCGCAAUUCUCCCGACCGUGUGUUGCUUGCCCAAGGCGAGCAGCGAUCUUCCUCUGCCGCCAUUUCGACGGCCUCGAACAGCCCUCUUGAGUGUCCAACGCCUCGAUCGCACAAAAGUGCCGCUGGCUUGCUGGGCUCGUCACAACCUACUCGGCGGGGAUUGUCGCUGAUCGAUGUCGAUGCGGGCGAUUCGAGCGAUAGUAGCAUGCCUUCAAUGUCUGCCUUCGCCAGCGCCAUGCGUACGGACUCGCCAUCCUCCGAGAGAAGUCUUGAGCGUAAACGCAGAAGCCUGGUGCUUCCAGGCCUGUCAAGCUCGCCUCGGCGGCAGCAGUCUCCUGCUCGCAUCUCCGGUCCCCAUUCUCCGCUGCGAAUGCCCAAGCCUCGACUUUCGCACGGCGCAGAAAGUCUCCCCUCACCUAUCGUAUCACCUUCGACGUACGCUAGUGAACUAGCACAUCAUCAUCGUCACCACCGCCGUCAGUCGUCAGCAACAUCUUCAGACAUUGUGAAACCGCCUCCGUCGCCCCGGUUGUCUUCUGUGAGCCAGCAGCCGCGUCCCGCCCCGCCAUCGAUCAAGGAUUUUGAGAUCAUCAAGCCGAUCAGUAAGGGGGCCUUUGGAAGCGUGUAUCUGUCCAAGAAGAAAUCGACCGGGGAGUAUUACGCUAUCAAAGUUUUGAAGAAAGCGGACAUGAUCGCCAAGAACCAGGUGACGAAUGUGAAGGCCGAGAGAGCAAUUAUGAUGUGGCAAGGUGAAAGCGAUUUUGUCGCGAAGCUCUAUUGGACUUUUGCGAGCAAGGAUUACCUCUAUCUAGUCAUGGAGUACCUGAAUGGCGGUGACUGUGCAUCGCUCGUAAAGAUCCUGGGUGGUCUUCCUGAGGAUUGGGCCAAAAAAUACAUUGCGGAAGUGGUUCUUGGCGUGGAGCAUCUACACAACCGUGGCAUCGUCCAUCGUGACCUCAAACCGGAUAACCUGCUUAUUGAUCAGAAGGGUCAUCUGAAAUUGACCGACUUUGGUCUUUCUCGCAUGGGUUUGGUUGGCCGACAGAAGCGUGUCUUGAAAAGCCCUAAUGAGCCUGCGCCUGACCUGCUCAAACACGGCCCGUUCCCUCGUGCCAUCUCUAUCGCCUCUUCCCGCUCUGCCUCCUUUGACUAUCAAGCCAUGUCCUCGCCUGGUUCGACCCCAUUGAUCACCCCGGAUAUGGCCGCGAACGUUCAGCCGUCGUACUUUAGUCUCAAUCAAACUGGUCCCAGCAGACAAAGCUCUCGCCGAGCGUCGGGUUAUCGCAGCGAUAGUGCUGGUAGCGACAGCUUGAAUGGUAUGUUCCGGAGCUUUUCACUCAACGAUAAUGGCCACGAGCACCAUGGGGUAUCAUCUAGCGUUCUCUCUGCACCCAGUCUUGCCGAAGAGGAGGAGUCGCAGAGCGAGGCUGGUGAUUCGCCUCGGUUGUAUCCCCUGCAGUCAACCUUCAGCAACCCGAUGGCGCACAGUACGCCGCCGCCGCAGAGCAUGCUUCCACCUGUAAUGGCUUUGUUCGAUCCCGAGGACCACGACCGCCGUUUCGUGGGAACACCCGACUAUCUGGCCCCGGAGACAAUCAAUGGCGUGGGUCAAGAUGAGAUCAGUGAUUGGUGGUCUCUGGGCUGUAUCAUGUUUGAAUUCAUCUUUGGCUAUCCUCCCUUCAACGCGCCCACUCCAGAUGAGGUCUUUGAGAAUAUCCUACAAAGGAAAAUCAACUGGCCUGAAGACCCAGAAGAGUACACCACCCCGGAGGCGAUGGACCUGAUAAACAAGCUUAUGACGUUGAAUCCGCGCGAACGUAUCGGUGCCAACGUCGACGAAAAAUACCCCAAUGGUGGAGCAGAGAUUCGAAGCCACCCCUGGUUUGCAGACGUCCAUUGGGACACCCUCUUGGAAGACAAGGCUCAGUUUGUCCCCAACAUUGAGAACCCGGAGGACACAGAGUACUUUGAUGCUCGGGGUGCAACAUUGCAGACCUUUGCGGAGGAGCUUGAAGAUCAGCAAUCGCCCCAGGGUCACCCAUCGUCAGGCUCAUACCCGGAUCGGCCUCAUGACGCACUUUACAAAGUACGCUCUCAGGUCAAUUCGAUGAAGCGGCCAUUGAUGCCCUUGCACAUUCCACCUCAUGUUCGUGAUGCUCGGGACUCGCGAAGCCGAAGACUGAGUGAGCCCUCCUUGGUCGAUGACUUUGGAAAUUUCAACUUUAAGAAUCUUCCGAUGCUCGAGAAAGCCAACAAGGAUGUGAUUCAGAAGAUGCGACAAGAGGCAAUGCAAGCUCAACACCGUCAAUCAACCUCUUCGUCGACCGUUCAAACGCCCUUGACAGGGCCCUCCCCAAGUCUUGAAGGCAGCCCGGUCCCAAUGCCUCUGCAGCGGACCCUGUCUCACACAAAGGGCAAUAAUCGCCCUUCCUCUCCGUCGGGCCUCAGUCAAGCCAAUUCGUCGCCAAGUCGGCCAUCACAACCUUCUUCGCCGCUACUGGUUCAAUUCAGCACCGGUGCCAAUCACGAAAGGCGUAAGACGUCCGGAUCUUCCUCGACUACCUCUCAUCAGUCAAGCGGGACCUUUCAGCCCUCAUCCAUCGAUCAGAGCCGAAUGCCCAAUCUUCGCCUUGGUUCGGUUGCAUCAUCGCCCGUGAAACCCAAUCGAUUACCUGCACACUCCCCCGACAAACACCCUUCUACUCAACGCCAUGGAAGUGCUCCUGCGAGUCGUGCCAGGUCUCAGACAAUCGGAUCGCAGGAUGGUGGUGACUUCCCGGGGAUGAACAAGGAACCAUUCGUGCCAACUCACCACAAGCGCCGUAGUCAGCUGUUCGAUAUUUCCCCUUCAUCUUCCGACAACGAGGAUCCUCGCACCAAAGCCCUGCUCAAGGUUCAGCGUCGCCGUCAAAGCUCUCGCCGUCUCUCGCAGUUUAAUCUCCAAGAUGGUCCGUUCUUUCGCCCAUUGGACAUCCUGAUCUGUGAGGAUCAUCCUGUCUCGCGGCUCGUAAUGGAGCGUCUAUUUGAGAAGCUUCGGUGCCGCACGAUCACGGUCACGAAUGGUGCCGAAGCCAUGAGAUAUGCGCUAAGCGAGGUUCAAUUCGACAUUAUCAUGACCGAGUACAAGUUACCGCAGGUCAACGGCGCAGACUUUGCGCGAAUGGUGCGAGAAACGCGAAGCGCCAACAGACACACUCCGAUUAUCGCAGUCACGGGCUACUUGAAAGAUCUCCCGGAGACGCACUACUUUGAUGCCUUGAUCGAAAAGCCACCCACACUGUCCAAGUUUACGGAAGCGCUUUGCAAGUGGUGCAUGUGGAAACCUCCCCCAAGGGACUACAACCCGUCCUCCCAGUCACUGGCGGUGGCAAUGCCGAACAGUCGCGGUAACCCUCUGUCCAAUGACGACAGCCCAAGCUCCGCGUCGUCUGGGUUUGUGCCCAACCCUCCCAGCUCAUAUAGGGGGUCAAGUCGGGAUGACUCGGUUGGCAGCAGUGUCUUUGGGGAGAUGGAGUCUGUGAAACAGGAGGAGGUGCCUGUGAUUAUUAGUCGGGCGAAUGAUGAGUGGGAUCCCAGCCAAGGUGGACUCGGUAUCUCGGAGCACUCUCAGCUUGGCAGUCCCGACCCUGAAGCCGUCCCAGUCCCGCAUCUUUUACACACCGUUUCCGCACCCGCCGCCAUGGAUGGGACUGGUGUGUUAACACCGCGGAAACAGCGCUCGAGCGAAGCCAUCCGUGCAAAACGAGAGUCGCUGGAGAAGAGACGAUACGAGUGCGCCGAAUCGGGUGAUGAUGAGGAUGAAGAGUUGGGACAAUCCCGUCGCAGCCCACCGACCCGCAGUCGUCGGCCUGGCUCCAAGCUUGGAAUCGAAAUGAUGCGUACCAACAGUCGUGGCAGUGUGGUCAGUGGCAGCGAGGAGCUACUCAAGAAGGAGCGCGAGGCUUUGCGCAAGGCGGGCGAGUCCGAUUCGGAUGAAGGCUUGCUGGGUUCACCAGCAAGUACUAGCAUCGAAGAGUGCAUUGAAGGCAUGAGCAUCCCUGAGGAACCCGAGGACGAAGAACCUCUCAGCCCUCGUGAUUCACCACCGAACAUCUCAUCACCGUCUCUGCGGCGACCUUCCAUCACGCAUCAAACCACGUCGAUCUACUCGGGGCCCACCCGGAUCCCCAACAAUGCUCACGGUGUCAUUGGGGGGCUUUCCGGAGCCCCAAUUACCCCGGAGGUCAAGUCUACGGGCAGUACGCUGCAUGCUGAGGGCGGUUCUGGAGGCGAGUCCGAUGCCAGUCGGACACCGGACGCAGAGGCGACCCCUCGCCCUGCGCUUCCAUCUCCCGGCCUAGAUACAGAACAGACUCCUCGGGCACCGGGGCGCUACCGAUCCCACAAGUCCACAUUCAACCGAUAA